UAUCAGGAGCGGAGACACACAAUGAAGGAGAGUGCCAUGCGGAGACAUUGCUGAUAGACUUAUGUGAUCUUUUAGCGAUAGUGUCGAAGAUUUUGUAGGUAGUUUAGAUAGAAAUAGCUCUUUUUCGAGUGAAAACGCUUUUAUUCGGACUUUGAGCGCCAUAAGUAAGAGGUAAUCAUGCCCCCAACAACCCCUUACGCAGGAAAGUUCAACUCCUGCUCGUCGUACAGCAACAACAACCACGUUCAGCCGCCGAGCCCGUACCACAGCGGCUCUGCUCCGAAACUGUCCAGAGACAACAUCUACAACGGUUCCUACUCCCCGACCGAAAACCCUUACGACGUGCCGCAGCCUCACAGUGCGUAUCGGACCACCUCCGUCUCCUCUGUGAGUGCCAAGGAGCACCACUACGGCAGCAGCUGUACCAUUUCGGAGAACCCGUACUCCUCGCCGCAGCCUUGCAGCCCUCGCCAGCACAGCACUUCCUGUCCGGGCCGAGCGUACCGCCACACGAGCAGCAGCUGCAGCAGUGAGCACUCCUGCCGGAACAACGGGGCUGCGGCGAAAGCUCGGCUCUACGGUCAUGGCGUUGCCACCAGCUAUGGAGAGAUGUGUUACCACGACAACAGCUUGGUUUCGGCUUCCCUUGAGGCGCUGAUCCAGCAUCUGGUUCCCACUGUGGAUUAUUACCCGGAUAGAUCAUAUGUCUUCACCUUCCUGCUGAGUUCACGCCUCUUCCUGCACCCAUAUGAGCUCAUGACCAGGGUUUGUCACUUGUGUGUGGAGCAGCAGCGAUCCGGAGAUGCCCUGCUGGAUAAGAUCCGUUUCCGUGAGGUGGCACCGAAACUAGUGCAGCUGCUGACAGAGUGGACGGAAACCUUUCCAUACGACUUCAGAGACGACCGCAUGAUGCGAUGCCUGAAGGACAUGACACUCCAUGUGGCGCGAGGGGAUGAGUAUUCUUGGCGGGCCAUGCAGCAGAUGACCCAGCGUCUCAUCAAGCGCCUGUCUGCCCUCGGUCAGUACGAGGAAGCCGUAGCUGCGCUCAAUGCUGCGGCGCAGGAACGUCCGGCUUCUCUGAAGACCAAACAGGCUUCAGCUCAAAGGGCCGACAUGCUGAGCGUGUGCGACGAUCCUUUCAUCCUCGCUCAGCAGCUGACACACAUUGAACUGGAUAGACUGAGCUUCAUUGGUCCUGAGGAGUUUAUUCAGUCUUUUGCGAUGAAGGAUCCUCUGGAAAACCACAAGGGUUUCUUCCGGAAACGUAAAACCAGUAACCUGGAGGCCUACGUCAACUGGUUCAACAGGCUCAGCUACUUGGUGGCAACAGAAAUCUGCAUGGUAUUUUUCACACAGACAAAAACAAGAAAUGUGCUUCAUGGCAUCGAGUUUUUCAUUGAUGUGGCUCAGGAGUGUUUCAACAUCGGCAACUUUAACUCUCUCAUGGCAAUCAUCACUGGGAUGAACAUGAGCGUCGCUAGACUGAAGAAAACCUGGAACAAAGUCAACACAGACAAGUUUGAAAUCCUGGAGCACCAGAUGGACCCGUCUAGUAACUUCAGCAACUACCGCACUGCGCUCCGCGGCGCCACCCAGAGGUCCGAGACCGCACAUAGCAGCCAGGAGAAGAUUGUGAUUCCAUUCUUCAGCCUCCUCAUUAAAGACAUCUACUUCCUGAAUGAAGGCUGCGCCAACAGGCUGUCAAACGGACACAUCAACUUUGAGAAACUGUGGGAGCUGGCAAAGCAAGUGAGCGAGUUCCUGGUUUGGCGGCAAGUAAUUUGUCCAUUCGACAGAGACCGCCGCAUUCUUCAGUAUCUGGUCACCACGUCCGUUUACACUGAAGACGAGCUGCACCUGGCCUCCUAUGAGAGCGAAGGACCAGAAAACAACAUGGAGAAAGACAGCCGCAGAUCUCUGAGAUCUUCCCUUCUCCUCGAGAAAAUCGCUCUUAAGAAGUUUUCUCCACUUGAUACUUUCGAUUUAUAUUCCCAAGGCCAAAGUUUACAUUUUGGACCUAAGCAUGCUCCUGCAGAACAAUGGAUGCAACUUAAUCAACAAUAA